AUGAAUAACAAAAGCACACUUAUCAAAAGCAAACGUGAAACAAUUAGAAUCUUGAAUAACAUCGAGAGUCCUACCAUAGACCCCUUAAUCAAACAAAAAGAACUCCAAAAGAACUCUCCUGAUAAAGAAUUUAAAUCAUCAUCAGCUCCUGAAAAGGAAUAUAAUUUAUUCAAGAAUUACAAUAUCAACCCUUUAACUUUUGAUGGACGUUAUUGCAAGGAUUUGGUUCAAUUUACACCUAAUGAAAAAUUUCUUAAUAUUAUUGCUGAUCGCAAUAUACCUUAUGAAGAAAGGUUAAAAGAGCUUGCGUUUUCUCCUAAAACCCCAAUGCAUAUUGCAAGGUUUGAAAUAACACCAAAGAAACAUAUUACUGAUAGUGGUGCUUAUGAUAAAGUACAAGAAAUUUGGAUUUUUAGAAGCUUAUUCUAUGAUUUUGAUGAUGUUAUUGAUAGACUCCGCUGUUUCCCUAAUAGAUAUGUCAAUCAAAGCUCAAUUUUUGAUCAAGAUACUAAAAGACAAAUCAAUCUAACUAAUGAAGAACAUUUCGAUCCUAAUAAUGUUGAGUCUGUAACUCCGCCAAAUUUUAUCUUCUUCAAUACAAAACCUGGGAAUUUUGAAUUUAAUGACCUUGUUGAUUUCAUUGAGCUUAAUCAAGAUGAUAUCAUAUGGAGAACUUGUUUUUAUUAUUGUAUUUCACCAAGCUUGAGAAUUGAAAGAUUCCAUUUUAAAGAUACUGAUCCUCAAAGUGAUUUCUUGUUGGUUAUUGAUGAAACAAGACCAGAUUAUAGACCUUAUAAGUUCGAAAGACUCUUCAAUAUGUCAAUGAUUAGAACAAACGUUAUCAAUCAUUGGAAUUUUAUGAUUGGUCAAGAUGGUGAUUUGGAAGAUUUUUGA